AUGCUGCCGGAAGUACCGGCGCGCGGGGGACGCUGGGAUGCGACUCCGCCCGUGCUGGGUCUGUCGAUCCUCGUUCCGUCAGGCACCGUGAGGGGUCAACGUGAGGUCGGUGGGGUUAGUAACGCGGUGGCGGCGGCUCCUCCUCCAAAAUUUGAGCAGCAGGAUAGACUGAUCACUGAUGAAGCGGGCAGGAGGCCGAUGACCCUGGUACACACCUUGACAUCUCUCAGGGUGCCAAACAGGAUGUACACGCUGCUUUCCGGGCUGUACAAGUACAUGUUCCAGAAGGAUGAAUACUGCAUCCUGAUCCUGGGCCUGGACAAUGCUGGGAAGACGACCUUCCUGGAACAGUCAAAAACACGAUUUAACAAGAACUACAAGGGAAUGAGUCUAUCCAAAAUCACCACUACCGUGGGUCUAAACAUUGGCACUGUGGACGUAGGAAAGGCUCGUCUCAUGUUUUGGGACUUAGGUGGGCAGGAAGAGCUGCAGUCGUUGUGGGACAAGUACUAUGCAGAGUGCCAUGGUGUCAUCUAUGUCAUUGAUUCCACUGAUGAGGAGAGGCUGUCAGAAUCAAAAGAGGCAUUUGAGAAGGUGGUUUCGAGUGAAGCACUGGACGGUGUUCCCAUCCUGGUGUUGGCCAACAAGCAGGAUGUGGAGACUUGCCUCUCCAUUCCUGACAUCAAGACUGCAUUCAGUGACUGUACCUGCAAGAUUGGCAGGCGAGAUUGUUUGACCCAGGCCUGCUCUGCCCUCACAGGCAAGGGAGUUCGAGAGGGCAUCGAAUGGAUGGUGAAGUGUGUCGUACGGAAUGUUCACCGGCCACCACGGCAGAGGGACAUCACAUAAGCACCUUCAUCCUCACAGUCUUGGACUGUUCAUCCCCUAGUGUUGGAAGAGUAUUCUCUGCUGGCUUCUGUCCUCCUGAUGCUGGGGGUUGAGCUGGGUUUGUCUGUUCAUUUUUAUUUGCUUUAUGUUUUCUCUAAGACAAACUUUUCUCUGUGUCUGGAAAAGUGUAGGUAUUCAGAGACAAACAUGGGGUACAUUGACAGUCCAGAGCUACAUGCCCUACACUUCCAUCCCCUGACCCAGAUUAGAGCCCUCCUUACAGGUCAAGGUCUGGAACCCUCCUAAUCUCGUGAGGACGGGGAGGUGUGAGGCCACGCCUAGGCCUGUUAGCCCGUUCCAGAGUGGAAUUUGAGGUCAUCCUACUUGAAAUGGGGGGAGGGGAUGUCUGUGGCAGCUGCUUUGUCCAGCUUGCCCAUGGAGAAGGAGCGAAUGGCCAAGGCCAGUCUCACUUGGAGAAAGAGCCCAUGUCCAAGAGGCCAGCAUGGUCCCUAGUUGUUUUGUGUGGAGUUGGAUGUGUGGGGAGAGGAUUUCUCUAUAGACCCAGUUAGCCUGGAAUUCUCUGCUUCCUUCCGUGUAUCUGUGGGAACCUAGCUUUCUACUAGGUUCUGAUAUACUCUCAGAACAGGGUUCAGUAGACCUGCCUGGGAAGCCUAACUUCCCUUAAAACUCAUUCUCAAUCUGUUUUUUAUCUCCCAAGGAGAGAGCUGACCUUGCUGGUAUGUAUUUCAGUACACCCAUACACAGGUUGUAUGGUAUCUCAAGGGCACAGAUUUCACUAGGCCAAGUGCUGUUCUUGCUAGUGCAGAUGGACAUCACGUUUUGAAUAAGGUAGGCUGGGUCCCUACAGCGCCAGGUCAAUGAAGUACUCCAGAUAUAUGUGAAGUAUAUCAUCCAUGUAAGGUUCAGGUUCCUGAGGAGGCAGCAGCUAUGCUGGUGCUAGCCAUGCCUACUAGACCUACUGGGUUAAAAUUUUCAUCAUAUGAUCAGGACAGGGUUUAAAAUUAAGGCUCCCUAAGGGGCUCCUGUCCAACCAUCUUUUCACGCAGUUAGAUGGUGGUUCCUUACUGCCUGGGCUGGUGGUUAUAGCCAGAAGCUGCUAUUCUGGAGUACCUUCUGAGCGGGAUCCCCUCAGAGAGGUUUGGAGCUGUGGCUAAGCCAAAGGUUCAAGAAAAACCUAGUGGCUCUUUGUCUCCACAGGGGCCUGGAAGGGGUGACAGAGAAGUUAUGAAUCAGGAGGGGAUAGAUGCUCUGAUUCAAGGAAACAUCCCAUCCAUAGGUAUCUUAGAAGCUGGGUUGAAUCAUUCCUGAAGGACCCUCCUGGGAAGAGUAGUUUGCUUGUAAAAUGGCCAAGCUAAGGGGAAAUCCUCUAGCAGAGGGUACCAGACAUCACCAGUGUCUUUCUGGCCAUCUUUACUCAAUUUCGUCAACACUGGAAAAUAGGGGCUCCAUGGAUGACCCUUGGACACGUUGUAGUGGGCGGGAACAGAAGAUGUGCCUUAUGGAUGGUGAUCAUCCUGGUGGUGUGGAACUGGCUGGUCUGGAAGCAUAGUGGGAUGAAGCUCCCACAACUUGAGAGCAAUUGUUUUUCUGAUUUAAAUGAUUAGCUUUAUAAAAAGUAGAUAAGAAGUCUAAGGUUGGGGUGUCAUUGGUUGCAAGUGUAGAAUAAAGUCCUGUGUGCAGUAA